UUGCCGCUACGAAGAGCAGGCCAAUUGAAGAAGCCCAUAGUAUCUGCGUAAAACUCGGUUUGUUGCUACUAUCUGAAGAAAAUCAUCACAGAUCAAAUCAAAACCCGUCCAAAAAAGCAAAGCAAGAACAAAAUGCAGAUGGAGUUAACUGCAAUCAUAUUUUGGAUUGAAUGUUGCUGAAAUUAUCAGCAACCGUGAUCAUAGUUGCACAUUUUUCAUCUUUCUCAAUACAAGCAGCUUCAUCAACAAAUUGGAGGUGAUAAACAAGAUGAGUGGAGAAACCAGACAUGGGCCAACGUAGAAAAGAUUGCUGAUGAGGGAGAACAUGACUUUGUCUCCUUAUAGAUAAGUCAAACUUGUGGAGAAGCAUUGUGUUCACUAUCCUAAACGAUUAACCUUUUAGAUUAUAGACAUGCUUGAGACACUUGUUUUUCUGGUGUCUGCAACAAUACCUUAUUUACAAAUUGACUUGCACAGGUUAGUUUAUCUGGAAAUGGCAUUUGGUUUUGAAUUUUCCUUGACUUCUUGCUUUAGAUUAAGAGGGUCCACAGCACCAGCAGGUAGAACACAUGAUGGAGUGGAUUUUCCCAACCAAUGAGCAACCCCAUGUGAGCCAUUAAUGAGUAGGUCCUAUUUGGAACCGAUCGAACGCCCUUUCUUCUCACCACGUCUCCGUUCUGAAUCCAUAAAUACAGACUAAAUAAGCUUCAAACUCCAACUCAAAUUUCUUACAGAUCCUUCUUCAGAUACUACACUUCCCAACAUCUAGAGCCACAUCAAGCAUAUAUCCUUUCAAUCAAAUUUAGACAUGGGAAUCAGGCUGCCUUCACUUCUCCUUAAUGCCAAGCAAAUUGUCAGAAUGCAGACUGCUUCUUCUAGAAACCAAUGUGGUGUUCCGAAAGGUCAUAUUGCAGUCUAUGUGGGGGAGAUUGAAAGGAAGCGAUUCGUAGUUCCAAUAUCGUAUUUGAACCAUCCUUCUUUUGUAGCUCUGCUAAAGAGUGCUGAAGAAGAAUUUGGAUUUAAACAUCCAACUGGAGGUCUGACAAUUCCUUGCAGAGAAGAUGCCUUCAUCAAUCUCACCUCUAGGCUGCAUACUUCCUGAAAGAGAGAGGAAAAACAAUCCUCCACACAGUUUUGGAAAAUUCCUUUUUUCUUUUUGCUACAACUGAGGAGUAGAAUAUCAAUGUAUAGUUAGUUGUAGAAAGAUUCAUAAUUGCAGAGAUGUGAAUAUAGAAAUAGAAAUUACAUUUUCUUUUUAA